AUGGUGGAGGAUACAACUUUAACAUCCAGCACUGAAUUUGAUGAUCAACCAUCAGCAUCUUCCGAAAUCAUCGAAUUCUACGAUUCGUCCGACUACACUGUAACAUCGAAAAUUUCAAUUUUCGAUCCUGAAUUGAAGCAAGCAAAUGAAGAGGUGAAAAAUCUCCAGGAAGAAAUAACAGAACUCAUCGAAGAGACGAUUGAAGAGCAAAAUAUUGAACCAAUAGAAAAACUGAAGCAAGAAAUUAUUGAAGAACGAAAUCGGGAAAAGUGGGAUAUGAUGAAGUGGAUCACUUUGGCUUCGAUAAUUGUUGGUUUCUUGCUUAUUUGCUCGACUUUUGCUCUUCUUAUUCACAGAUAUCAACAAAAAGACCGCGGAAGCUACGAAAUCAUGACUCCCUUCGAAUAUCAAAAAGGAAACAGAGAAGCCUUUGCAUAA